AUGUUGUACGUGGUGAUAGCGCUUCUGGCGCCUCUGGCGGUCCUCGCAGAGUCUACACUGUACUUGAGCGGGGUGGAGGAUGCAUCCAAGAGUCCCCUGCAGAUCUCUGCGCAAGACGCACAUCGUGUAUUGGCACACCACCUUGGUGUCGAUAGCAAUGUGCUUCCUACUAAGCGCCAAUGCGGUCCGCAGGUAUGGCAUCACCUGCCCGCAGAUAUUGCAGAAUACGAUGCGACUACCUUGUUUGAGCCUAUGAGUGACAAAAACGGCUUUUUAGUUACGUUCCAUGGUCUGCGCGAUGAACAUGACCUAUUUCCUGCGUCGAUGCAGGCGACCCAUACAGUUUCCAGCGCUGCGUCCGGAGAGAACUUUGAAGCGCUUGCGCAGCUUUAUGCGGGCGCGGCGCAAGGUGCAAGUGCGUGGCUAGGCCAGGCAAAGAACCUCGCGGGUGAUGUGCUUGGGCGUUUCGAUCAGGAGCUUACAUCCUUGCGUAGCUUGGCCAGGAGCGAUGCGCCCAGCAUGGAAUCAGUACAGCAAAUGCACCUUGAUGCACUUGCGGAUAUUCGCACCGAGUAUGGCGCAAAGAGUGCGACAUUCGAGCGUGCCAAGGCGCAGCUGAAGGAGACGGUAAAUACACUCGUACAGAACUGGGCAGGCGGAGUCGGGCCCAUUGCAAUUGUGCACACGGACAAGAGCGGAGCACCUCUAUAUACACGCAGCAAGGUCCGUGCAAAUACAACACACGAUAGGCUGCAUCCUUUCGUUGCCGAUGCGCCCAGCAAGGAUGCGAAUGCGUGCCACACUUCGCCCGACGCACUGCGCGGCGCUACAAACGAUUGCAAUGGGCACGGAGAGCCGAAGGAGUCGGCUAAGGGCGGCAAAAAAUGCUGGCGCUGUGCUUGCCGCGCGACCAAGACGGCCGGCAAGACGCAGCAAUGGACAGGCGCCGCAUGCGAAAAGGAGGAUGUGGCAUCGUUUGUGCUACUCAUUAUUGGCUCCAUCGGCGCAUUGUUUGUUGCGACUGUCUUUUCUAUCGCACUACUCUAUCGCGAGGGCGCCCAAGAACUGCCUGGCACGCUCUCGAGCAUCGCUUUACCCCCCUCAUAG